AUGCGUCGGUUUAUUCACGGUUCUAAUACAAGAUCAUUAUCGAACCUUUUACAAAGUAAUAGAAUACAUUCCUCUCGGAUCAAAAUUUAUAUUCAAAGUAGAUUUAAAAGUUCAAAAAUAAAUCCUAAAGAUCACAGUACAAUCAGUGAUACCACAUCGUUAACGUCAUCAUCCCCAUUGUUAACGUCAUCGUCACCAUCUCAAGACAUUCCAACAUCUAGCAGUGAUAUUACUUCGAGUUUCCGUAUCCCUUUAGAUCAAUCGAAUUUAAAACCAUCCUCUUCAUCAUCACCACCUCAAGAAGCAGAAGCUUCUAACCCAAAGUUUGAACAAGUGGAACAAAAAUUUCAUCAACUUCAACAAGAAGCAAAAACAAGAGAAUUAUGGUCACAAAGCGUAGAUUAUACGAGUAGAAUCAUGUUUACUCGACCAAAAGAAAUCUAUGAUUUUAUUAUAAUCGGGGCCGGUAGCGCAGGAUGUGUAUUGGCCAAAGAAUUAAUUCAUUCCUUGCCUAAUAUAAAUGUAUUAGUGUUAGAAGCCGGACCGCCUCAUGCUCAAAUUAAUGAUCGUAUUUGUUCAGUUUUCUCUCAUGCUAGUAUAAUAAUGUCUCUUAUUAAUCGUUUUCUUCCAGAACUUAAUCGAGCCUUUACAUUACUUGACGAGCCAUUAUUAUCUAACGUUGCUCGUCGUUAUCCUUCUUCUUUUCCAACCUUAUCGGAUCGAUUAACUUUCCCAAAUAUUUAUCGUCCUUCCGUUGACGUAUCAGAAUCCGAUAAAAAUUAUGUUGUCGAAGCUGAAGUUCCUGGUAUGAAAAAAGAAGAUUUGUCUGUGGAGUUCUUGGACGAUAAUAUUCUCCUCUUGAAAGGUAAAGUUGAGAAAGGAACUGCAGCUCCGGCAGAGGGAAUGAGAACCGUCGAUAAUACCGGUGAUACGAUUGCAGCUGAAGGUAGCACAGCCGAUUCCACCCCAACCGGAGAAGUUGUUGAGGCUGGUGGUGCUGCUUUAGAUGAACCAAAAUUUUGGACUUCUGAGAGAAUGAGGGGUCAUUUUCAACGUUCAUUCCAAUUUCCUGGUAAAAUUGAUCCCGAGAAUUCGAAAGCUUCUUAUAAAAAUGGUAUUUUGUCGAUCGUCGUUCCAAAGGUUGAAAGACGUGGAAAACAAAUUUCAAUUGAAUGA